CGGGGAGAGCCACUGUGUUGAGCUCUCGUACGAGGCUGCACUUUCCAACACAACUCUGAUCACAAGCUGGCAGUCGGGGGAAGAGUGAAUGUUUGCAGAGCAGCGCUGGUAUAAACAAAUCGCCGGAGCUCAGCCAAAGGAAGAAUUCAAACAGGAACCUGUUCAGAAGGGUGGUGCGAAGCAGCGAAGAGACAGACUUUAAGUUGCAGUGAAACCAGCAGAGCGGCGAGGGACAGCCAAACGUCACACAACUCGGUGGAUCUUGACUCUCACUUGGAAAGAUGUGUGUGUGUAUGUGUAGUUGCCUGCACUGUGCAAAGCGAUGAGCCGCAGGUCCUGGGGACUGCGAGUGUAAAGGUUUGGUUUAACGACCAGAGAAGUUAAUUUGUUUUAUGUGGAGGGACGAGACGUUGAGCAUCAAAUAGGGAAACAGUGCGAACGCAGCAACUUCCUCUCUUAUUUAGUGCCUGCGUGCAAGAAGGGUUUUAUUUUUGCUUUUCAGUCUGUGGUCUUUGAGCAGCACUGAUGCAUUUUGCAAACAGUGCAUUGAUGUCUCUCAGUUCAUGAAGGUAUAUAUAUAUAUAUAUAUACAUGUAAGUGUGUGUGUCAUCUGAUUUCGGAAGCUUGGAGAGACGCUGUUCACUUUAAUGGUUCUGUUGGAUUCCAACUCAAGCAAACGAAAGGAAGGAAAAUCCAGGGAAGGGACUGACUAAGGUUGCUUUAUCUGCUUGAGAGUAAUCUGGGCAUUUUGCAAUGCUGUUGUGGGCUCCUGCGGUUUGCAUAGUGUCUCUGGCUGUGCUCGGUCUGUUUGCGAGAUUGUAUUUCGGUCAAUAUUUCAAAGACCGAUUCGACUGGAACGGUCGAUGCCACCGGGACCAUGGCGGCAAUGACGCCCCGAAGCUGAUCUGCAAACCUUCGGCCUUGGCCAAAUACCUGCUCAAGACCUGCCUGACUGUCAGCGCGGGAUCGCAAGCCCGGUGGAUCUGGAGGAAGUUUCCUCACCUGCAAACGGUCUGGAAUGGAAUCUGGCCCCUGGGUUCGGCGGUGCAGUUUACCCGGGAUUACCUGCAGUUGUCGGACGAGGGUGUGGUGGCGCUGGACUGGGCAGUACCAGCCGCCGGCGGCAGGAGAAGAGCCUCCAGCAACUCGCCAGCACCCAUCGUCCUCGUCAUUCCUAAUUCCUUCGGCAAGAUCACCAGGAAUGUAAUCAAGCUUUGUGCCUCAGCCCUGGAUUGUGGUUAUCGCCCAGUAAUAUUUAAUAGAAGAUGCCAGAAUGGGUGCCUUUUAACUACACUGAAGCUGCAGCAGUUUGGUGAUCCAUCUGAUCUGAGAGAAGCAGUCAGAUACAUUCGAUACAAACAUCCAAAUGCCAGGCUGUUUACUGUAAGUGAGAGCACCGGAGCUGGGCUGUUACUCUCCUAUCUUGGCGAGUGUGGAUCCUCCAGCUAUGUCACAUCCGCUGCCUGCAUCUCACCCAUCUUCAGAUGCCAGGAAUGGUUUGAGACAGGACCUCCCUGGCUUUAUCAUUGGUUUUUGCUCCUUUAUCAAAAAACAUGGCUGAGCAGGUAUACUACAGUGCUGGGAGAGAUCAUUGACAUGGAUAAGUUGUUUGCCACUCAGACUUUGAAGGAAUUUGAAGAGGUGCUCUUCUGUCAAACAAAGAAGAGCAACUUGUGCUGGGACACGUACUGGGAGAAGAAUGAUCCUUUACGGGAUGUAGAUGAGGUUGCAGUGCCGGUGCUGUGUAUUUGCAGCCAGGAUGACCCCUGCCGAGGGGACCCAGACACAACCCUGCCAUUUGAGCUCUUUGAAACCAACCCACAUUUUUUUCUACUGUUGACCAAACAUGGUGGCCAUUGUGGCUUCUUGAAGAGUAGGUCCUCUGUAUGGAGCCAUGAGGUAUUACUGGAGUAUUUUAAAUCUGUCAGUGAAUUCUUUGCGACAGAGGAAAGAACAAAAAGUUUUUCAAAAAGAAGAUGUGCAGGGGCUGUAAACUCCAUGUCUUAUACAUGUGGCAGAGGCAACAGCUUCAAAGGAGACUCAUUUUGCUCUCACAAUAUUCAUGAAAUUUUCAGCUGGCAGAGGUCCUACACAAGGUGAUUAAAAGUUAGGACCUGUCAGGUAAUGAUCUUGCUGACUUUAAAGUUCAAAUUAAUGCAGCUCUUUUUUAUGUGGACCAUAAAAUGACAUUCCAUUAGCAUGGACAUGAAAACAGCAAUUUUAACCAUUGUUGAGGUUUAAACUUUUUACCUGGCAACUUAAUUUCUAGGCAGCUAGGAAAAGAAGAAUGCACCCAUUCUUUUUGAUUGUUAGUGGAAAUGCUCUACAAAAUUUCAAUAUUUUAAGCUACAAUGUGAUUUAUAUAACUAGGCUAGACUGAUUGUAAGCUAUAGAACUUGUCAAUAUGUUUGUGAGUCUUAUCCAUAGUUUAAGAUUUCCUCCAAGAACAGGAUACAGUUUGCUAUAGCAACAGUUCAUUGUAAUUAACUUUGACUUUUAUAUUCCAUCCCAGGGUGGAAACACUGGUUGACAAUUAACCUAUUACCCUUCAAUGAAACAUUAAACAAGACUGCCAAAACCUAAGGGACAAGUUAGCCUUAGCUUUUAUAUUACCUGCAAUCUAUUUAUUAAAAUAAAAGUACCCAUGGGUUACUAAUCAUUACUUUGCGGUUUAAUAUGGUUGGAACAAAAUCUAUGUUUUCAGUGAUCUAAUUUUGAGAUUUAACAAAUUUAUCAGUAAGUUUAAGGCAAUGAUAUUGUUCUAUUAAAUAAAGAAGGGGAUAUUUAAAGGAUAAAUAUGUUUACUUGUUAAAAACAAUACAUAAGUUUGUACAUUUCAUGUGUUUUUGAAAAAAAAUAGAGCUAUCUUGUUUCAUACAUUUUGUGGUUUUUCAACUCUUUAUUGUAUCUGUUCAAUGUGCUUAAACAUUAAUCUGUUUCUUGACACAAAAUGCUCCCAUUU